CACUCUACGUUUCUACGUUCACUCCUGCCGCGCUCGCUGACUGCAAUUUCUAAACCCUUCAUUUCUAAAACCCUAGUAAUCGCUCUCUCGCUCUAUCUUCUAAACCCCUCAUUUCUAAAACCCUGAUUUCUCUCUGUCUUGUCAGCGAUGGCACUGUCUGGACUGCGUCUUCGUCGAUCUUUGACUCUCUCUUCUCUUGUCCGUCACCAUCGUCUCUUCUCUUCAAUUGCAUCCUCUUCUUCUUCUGCUUUACACCACUGCAUUUCUUCACCAUCAAUUUCGAAUUCUGCUCGAAGCCCUAGCGUUCAGUUACCCAUUAAUCAUCUCGCGAACCAAGCUUUAUCUUUCCACUCUUCUUCUGUAUCGUUUUUGUCGGCGAGAUCACGCAACAACAACGACGAUGAGAAGAUAUCCCCUGACACAAUCCUAUUCGAGGGUUGCGACUAUAAUCACUGGCUCAUCACCAUGGACUUCCCCAAAGAUCCCAAACCCACUCCCGAGGAGAUGGUUGAGACUUACGUUCAAACCUUAGCAAAAGUCUUCGGCAGUGUGGAAGAGGCAAAAAACAGGAUGUAUGCUUGUAGCACGACAACAUAUAAUGGCUUUCAAGCUGUGAUGACAGAGGAAGAGUCUGAAAAGUUUCGAGGUUUGCCUGGAGUUGUUUUCAUUCUGCCGGAUUCCUACAUUGAUCCAGUGAACAAGGAGUAUGGAGGGGACAAAUACAUCAAUGGGGUGAUCAUACCCAGGCCUCCCCCUGUUCAAUAUGGGAGGUCUCAAGGGCGAUAUGGUGAUCGAAACAGAAGCUAUGACAGGCCCAGGUAUGACAGACAAAGAGAUCCACUGCCAGCACAAGGGAACCCACCCUAUGGUCGGCAGGGAUCUAUGCAAGGAGAUGGAAGGAAUUAUGGAGCACAGCAGAACUUUUCCCCACAGCAAAACUAUUCCCCUCAGCCAAAUUACCCACAGCAGAACCAUGCACCACAACAACACUACCCACCUCAGCAGAACUACCCGCCCCAGCAGAACUACCCGCCACAGCAGAACUUUGCACCUCAGCAGAACUACCCGCCACAGCAGAAUCAUGGACCCCAGCAGAACUACCCCCCACAGCAAAGCUAUUCACCACAACAAAGCUAUGGUCCAACUGGACAGGGUGAACGAAGAGAUCCCAUGCCAAUGGGCAAUAGGGAUUAUACUGGAGACAAUAGGAACUUUGGCCCUUCACGUGGUGGAGAAUAUGGGCAAGGAGCAGGCACUGGCUAUGGGCAGGUGGGACAAAGGGAUGCUAAUCAAGGAGAGCAGACGAACUAUGGAUCCCAAGGACAAUUUGGGACUGAACAGGGGCGAUACUGAGAAGAGUUUCUAAUGUUGAUUGAUUGUGGGAGAAGACCUCAGAAUUAAGUCAACGAAAGUAGCAAAGCUGAUUUAUCUGUGCUACAAUCUUAGAACUGUAAAGAGACACGUGUCAAAUGGUCUACAUAGUGGAUUUUUCUUGGUGUCAUGCUGUGAGAAUGGAGUAGUGAUGGCCUGUUACAGUAGAAGAGCUGGAAUUCUGUUCUACUCUCUUUUUCUUCUGCAUUGUUCAUCAGUAUCCUAUAUAAGAAAAUCGUGCUUGGAAAUUGAUUUA